GCCGCCUUCCUUUACCACGACUACUGCGUGCUAGGAGCCGGCCCUGCUGGCCUGCAGGCCGCCUACUUCUUGCAGCGGGCCGGCCGCGACUACGUGGUGUUCGAGCGCAGCCACGCGCCCGGCAGCUUCUUCGCCAUCUACCCCCGGCACCGUAAGCUGAUCAGCAUCAACAAGCGGCACACGGGCAAGUCCAACAGCGAGUUCAAUCUGCGGCACGACUGGAACUCGCUCCUCAGCCACGAGCCCCGCCUGCUGUUCCGCCGCUACUCGAGGCAGUUCUUCCCCCACGCCGACGCCAUGGUGCGCUACCUGGAGGAUUUCGCUGCCAUCUUAGGGCUGCGCGUCCGAUACGACACCGCCGUCGUUCACGUCACGUUGGAGAAGGAUCCACGGGCAUGGAACGGCCACUACUUUGUGCUGAGCGACCAGAAUAGGCAGAGCUACAAGUGCAGCUGUUUGUUGGUUGCUACUGGCACGUGGGUCCCCAACGUGGUAAACUUCCCUGGCUCAGAGUAUGUUGAGGGUUAUGAGACGGUGUCUACCAACCCGGAGGACUUUGCCGGUCAAACCGUGCUGAUCUUGGGCCGAGGGAACUCAGCCUUUGAGACGGCAGAGAACAUUCUGGGUGUCACAAAUUUCAUCCACAUGGUGAGCCGGUCCCGCGUGCGCCUCUCCUGGGCUACUCACUACGUCGGGGAUCUGAGAGCAAUUAACAAUGGUUUACUGGAUACCUACCAGCUGAAAUCUUUGGAUGGACUUCUGGAAGGUGACCUGGAAGAUCUAGCUAUUGUCAAGGACAAAAAAGGGAAGCUGCACAUCACACUUCGGUUCUACCUGGAGAACAGGAACACCAGCGCAGGCAUCGAUGGGAUCACCCUCCCACAGGAUGAACUGGAUAACUUUGCUACUCGCGCGCCGUAUGACCGUGUCAUCCGCUGUCUGGGCUGGAAGUUUGACUUCUCUAUCUACAACAGAUCCCUUAGAAUGAUGCCAGGAAGAGGGAAUAAAAGCAAAUAUCCUCAGAUCAAACCCAGUUAUGAGUCCAGAGGCACUCGGGGGCUCUUUGUUCUUGGCACUGCUAGCCACUCUGUUGACUUCAGGAAAUCUGCUGGGGGUUUCAUCCAUGGCUUCCGGUACACAACUCGUGCAGUCCACCGCCUAUUGGAAAACCGUCACCAUGGCGUCCCCUGGCCAUCCACAGUCUACCCUAUUACACAGCUGACCAACUCCAUCAUCAAGCGGGUGAAUGAGGCCUCAGGCCUCUACCAGAUGUUCAGUGUCCUGGCUGACAUCAUACUGCUGAGAGAGAAUGCCACAGUAUUUGAAUACCUGGAAGAAUACCCAGUGGGAAUCCUGGCUGAGCUGGAAACACAGACGGGGAGAAAAGCCUCCGCUGGGCUGUUUGUUGUCGUCAUGGAGUACGGGAGGAAUUUCUCAGGAGAUGACAAGGAUGUCUUCUACUACAACCGAGCUGUGGGAGAGGCACAGCAUGCCUGGCAGUCCAACUUUUUGCACCCUGUUAUUUACUACUACAAGCGCCUCCCUACAGAGCGUGAGAUGAGACUUCAUCCCCCAGAUUGGCCUCUCCCCCGCCCAGAUGCCAUCCAUCACAUUGUGGAGGAUUUUCUGACAGACUGGACAGCCCCAAACGCUCACAUCCUGCCACUGAGGCGCUUCUUGGAGAACUGCCUCAGCACUGACCUGCGCAAUUUCUUUGCAGAAUCCUGUUUCCUCUUUGCCCUCACACGUCAGAAGCUGCCUCCCUUCUGUCAGCAGGGGUAUGCAAGAAUGCAAGGGCUUACUGGGAGUGAGAGGCUCCGGCGUCAUGCCGUGGAAGCUGGCCUGCUGGAGGAUUAUGCUGUCAUGGACUUCUCAGGUGACAAACUUCCUGAUAGCCGCCAAGGAUCCCGAGACCAUUUGCUGAAAGAUCAUGUGAUAGCACUCCGUCCUCUGCACCAUUUUGUUAAUGCUAAGGAUGAAUUUUAGAAUUUCUCACACCACGUGAAAAUCCACAGGUGCUGUUGUGACAAUACUGUAACAGAGAUCCACGGUGGGAUUCUUCCCUCUCCUACACGCCUUUUACAUCCUAGCCCCUCCACUGAUAAUGAAUUGCCAAAGACCCACUCAGAUCUUGCUGUUACAAAAGGGACCAACGUGCUCUGAAGGAUAAGUCAGAGCCUGGAAUCCAGUGAUGCUGAGGCUCCUGCUUUGUCCUCGCGGAGUUCAGAGUUGCUUGAAGGUGGUGUUUGUGUUCAUGUAGUAAACCAGUAAUUUACAGCGACAUCCAGGGGUCAAAAAAGGAAGAAUUUAGGAAUUCCUGUCACCUGCCUCUUCCGAGGGAACUGGCUUAUGUUCUGUUUCAGCCUGGUGGAAGCUUUCUGGUCACUGGAUGAUCUGUGUACUUGAAGAUUUGUUUGCGUGCUGAAUCCUGGCGUGGUACUUUAGACAAACUUCAUGGCAGUUACCCUGCAUUUGAGUUAGGGCAGUCACAGAGCUGGAGUGGAGGGAGGUGGUGGCUUUUAGUUACAGUAUGAGUAGGAUAAUUUGUCACUUCCUACAGAGCAAUUCAGAAGAACAUUCCCUCUGCAGGGGUGAAUAGCUUGCUUAGAACGCCUAGGACAGAGACAGUUACACUGAGCUCAACCCCCUUGUCCUAACAUUUCUUUUCUUCCCACACCAAAAAACCUGAAAUGUUACCCCUGUGUUUUAUAAAGCAUGACCAAUAUUUUUUCUAUUUGCACUAUGUCCCAUCAAGAAAGUUUUGGGUGAACUUUGA